GUUAUCCGAGGUUGCCAGUUCGCUCGUGGCUUGGCCGGCGUGCGUGCGCGGCGACGUAUCGUAUAAGCCGCCUUUGGCAGUCGUCGAUUGACGUUAGCUAGCGCGAGAGGGACGUCGAUCGCGUUCCGCUGUCUCCUGCUUUUUUUUUCCCUUGCGCUCGUCAGCUUCGAAAAAACGGGACGGCAGUGCGGGGGGAACGUGAAAUCGCGGGAUGUCACGAGGUGUGUCGUCGCGCGGCCCCCGGCUACGACGGUCGUAAAGGUUCCGAACGAGAGUGUCGUCGUCUCGCUCCUAAGAGAGAAAGAGAGAAAGAGAGAGAGAAGGAGAAAGCUGAAGAGUUGAUGCGUGCGAGCGCGCGUGCGACGACGGCGCGGCGGCGGCGGCGACGAGUGCGUCGGUGCGGUGUGCGUGAGUGCGUGUCCGGCGUGGCCGGUGUGCCUCUUUGACUUGUCAGAAGAAUCAACAAGUGGCGUAGCAUCCUCGUGUGGGCGCGUGCGCGCGCGCGAUCGGCCGAUUCUAACCUCGGCAAGCGGCGAGCGCCUCUCUUCCGCGCGCGCGCGUCUCUCUGUGGUGUCUGUGUGUGUGUGUGUGUGUAUGUGCGUUGUGUGUGCGUGCCUGCCUCGCGCGUGCUGACUUGCGAUUCGAUCGACGGCGUCGCGACGCCUCGCCGGCGACUGAUGCGGUCGCCCCGUGUCCCUGGAUAUUAACGUUGGCUGCGAUCCGGUGGCUGCGUCCGAAUAUCUCAAGAUGGAAGUCGUCUACAUAGAUGAGCGAGAAGAUGUGCAAAAGAAGACGUUCGCCAAAUGGAUAAAUUCGCAGCUUCUCAAGAAUCAUCACGACCCGAUCAGCGAUCUGUUCAUCGACUUACGAGAUGGAAAUCGCUUGCUGUCACUCCUGGAAGUGCUCACUUCUAAGACUUAUAAAAGAGAACGCGGUCGGAUGCGAGUACACCAUUUAAAUAAUGUUAAUAAAGCAUUGCAGAUUCUUGAACAAAAUAAUGUGAAACUUGUCAAUAUUAGUAGCAAUGACAUUGUUGAUGGUAAUCCUAAAUUGACACUUGGCUUGGUCUGGAGUAUUAUUCUACAUUGGCAAGUACAUUAUCAUUUGAAAGAUUUAAUGACAGAAUUACAACAGACUAAUUUAGAAAAAACACUUCUUGCUUGGUGUCGUCAAAACUCGCAGAAUUAUCCUGGUGUUGACAUUAAAAAUUUUACAACAUCUUGGUCAGACGGUUUAGCAUUUAAUGCAAUUUUACAUAAAUGGAAACCUCAUUUGUUUGACUUUAAUAAUAUUGCGCGUAAACAUCCAAAUGCUAGAUUGGAUCAUGCUUUUCGGUUUGCACAAGAACAUCUUAAUAUCGAACGUCUUUUGGAUCCCGAAGAUGUCAAUACUUCAGUACCAGAUAAAAAAUCUAUAAUGAUGUACGUUACGUGUCUAUUUCAAUCGUUACCUCAUUCUGGAGAUGACAUUGGUGAAUUAGAUCUUUCAAUCGCAAGUGACAGUACUCCAGUUAGUCCUGUUACAACACCAGGAAUAGAGACUUCUUUAACGUUCGCUAAUUUUGGAAUGCCAGCAUCCCGCCCGAUGAGUUUAGCUACAAAUGUUUCCGUUGAGCUUGGCGGUUAUCAGGUUGCACUUGAAGAUGUUUUAACAUGGCUUUUGGAGGCAGAGGAUAAAUUGAAUCAUGCCGCCGACCCGGGUUCGACUUUAGACAUACUGAAACAACAGUUUCACGAGCACGAAACCUUCUUAUUGGAACUAUCCGGUCAUCAAGAUGGAAUAGGAACUGUUUUGGAGGAAGGUGCAAGAUUAUUAGCUGAAGGCGGAUUACAUAAAGAUGAAGAGCAUGAGGUUCGCGUACAGAUGUCUUUAUUAAAUUCCCGAUGGGAAGGUCUUCGAAUGCGUGCCAUGGAAAGGCAAACAAGAAUUCAUGAAGUUCUGAUGCAAUUGCAACAGGCUCAGCUAGAUGCGCUACGACAAUGGUUGACAAAAACGGAAGAUCGAAUUUCGUUGAUGGCAGCAAUUGAAUUAAAUCCAUCGUCUUUUGAGGAACAACUGAAACAUCUCAACGAAUUAGAACAAGAUAUUCAUGCGCAACAAGACGUGGUCGAUAGUAUGAGGAACAUGAUAGUGGUCGUUGACGAAGAAAAUUCUGAGGCGGUUUAUGCUCAAAUGGAAGAUCAAUUGUCUGCUCUCGGUGAGCGCUGGAGUCACAUCUGUCAGUGGAAAGAGGAGCGACGUCAGCGACUGGAAUCUUUAUCUACGCUUUGGCAGAACAUUACUGAUGAUUACAAAAGGCUGGUAACAUGGUUAAACGAAACGGAAAUUACAUUAAAGCAAAUGGAAGCCAACCCGGCGUCCGAAAUUGGCGAAGUAUUAGAUAGAAUAAAGAAAUUGCAAGUCCUUAAAGCGGAAAUGGAUAUGAAUCAGAAGAAAUUAACAUCUCUACAAGAAUCAAUUCAGGAUUUGGAUGGGAAUAGCUCAUCUUCAGAAUACGCAAAUAUUUUGGAAAAGAUCGAAAAUUUGCAAGAUCAAUGGGAAGCUAUUGGACAAAUCAUGGAAGUGCAAUCUCAAAGGAUAACAAAUUCUGGAUUUGAGUUUGAUUUGAAGUCCGAAGACAAUACAACAUCUAUUAAGGGAAACGAAUGGAUGUCCGAAACGGUAACGAGUAUAGCAUAUAAAGAAGAGAUUACUGCAACAUCAACGCCACAUAGCGAUUCAAAGAAACGGCGUGUUGAUAAUACUACUAAACAUGAGUUUGAAUCGGCAUUACUUCGUCUAUAUAAAUGGUUAGAUUAUGUCGAUUUGGAAAUUGGCCGUUCGGAAGGGGUAUUUGACGAAUUAAGCGUAGAAGAGAAGAAAGUCGUUUAUGAAGAUACUCUUGUAGACAUGGAUUCGCAUAAAAAUGAGUACGAUAAAGUUCUUGAAAUUGGUAAACAGUAUAUUGACGAGUUGAAAAAAGCAAACGAAAGUACCGAAGAAGAGGAAUCUAAAAUUAAGGAUAUACAAAAUUGUUGGAUAGCGACAAAUAAUCGUCUUCAGGAAAUAAAGAAACGCAUAGAUUAUCUGGAGAAAGUAAAGAAAUUUCGAACUGAACUAGCUAGUCUAAAUUUGAUGUUGGAAAGUUACACCAAGUGGUUCGAUACAAAUAAGGAAAACAAUCAGAUAGAACCAUUUAGAGUUAAAAUGAAAUCAAUGAAAUCUCAUGACGAGCGCAUAAGAAAAAUACUUGAAAAGGCAAAAGAAUUAUCAGAAAAUCAAGUUGCUGUUACAGAAACUGAUAAUGUGGACGCAGAUAUAAAAGCUUUUUGUACUAAUUGGGAGAAUUUGUAUACAAUGUUAACCGAACGAUUGACUGAAAUAACUAAUGCUAUCGAUCGAACACCGCCUAAGAAAUAUAUUGAUGCAAUUGCCAAUUUGAUGUCGUUUAUUAACAAUGUAGAAGGUGCUCUGUUGUCAGAACAUAUAAUUAUGUCAGAUGAGGAACUUAUGAAAGAGCAAUUACAAAGAUUUAAAAAUAUACAAAGUUCAUUGAAAGAACAGGCAGAAAUUUUCAGAUAUGUUAACUCUACUGGGCAGGAUUUAAUAGCGAAGAUAAAUGAUAAUUCUUCGGAACAGCGGCUCAAAGAUGAAUUGCAGGAUUUGAAUACUAAAUGGAGCGAUAUUCCUAUCAUUUUGGAAGAGAAACAACAGAAUCUUACCAAAAAUAUUACAAUUUUACAAACAUUUAAUAUCGAACUUUCUACCCUUGAAUCUUGGUUGGAUAAAUCAUCAUUGUAUCUAGAAAAUUUAUCUAAAGACAAUACUACGGAUAAUAUUGAAACAACAGAAUAUAAAUUACAACAAAUUCGUUCGUUUUCUAAAGAGAUUGAUAAAACAACAUCGCAGAUAGAAGCAAUUCGACUAUCGGCAAAUGAAAUACUCCAAAAAUGUGAACCUAAUUUUGAAAAUUUGUUAAAAAGCAAAUUGGAAACUGUAACAUGCAAAUGGAAUACAAUUGUUAAUGAGGCUAAAAGUUUGAACAACAAAUAUGAAAAUACUUUAAGGAAAAAUGAUAACAUUAUUAAUGGGAUAGAAGAUUUUACAAAGUGGCUGUCAAGUUUAGAGAAAGAGAUACCAAUAGAAUCAAGAAUAACAUCUUCAGUUGAACUUUUUCAAGUUCGCGGUCGAUAUCAAGCACUAAAAGAUAACAUUGACAAACGAGUCGAAGAAUUUAGAAACUUGAACGAAAUGGGAAAUGAUAAACUGUUAAGUUCAGAAGGAUCAUCCGUGCAAGAACUUGGUAGGCGCUUCACUUUCUUAAAUGCACGAUGGACGGACGUUACAGAUCGUAUAUACGAACGCUACAGACAUUUACAAAAUGCUAGUCACGAGUAUGGAGAAUUUCGUGCUUUAGUUGCACAGGAAAGUGAUUGGUUGGAUAAGCUAGAUAAGCGAUUAAAAAAAUCACCUAAAACUGCUGCAGAUGCAGAAGAAAUUUCAGAGGAGUUGGAUGAUUUAGAAAAUUACAUACGAAAUCAUCCGGAAUCUAGGCUUGAGAAAAUUCAAGAAAUUGGUAAACAACUUAUUGAUAGUAAUAUCAUGAUUCAAUCUAUUGAAACAGAUGUGGAAGGAUUAACAAAUCGAUGGGAAAACUUAAACAAACAGGCAGGGCAACGCGCCAAGCUGUUGGAAGGAUCAGUGAAGCAAGCCCAACAAUCGGAAGGGCGUAUCCUUGCCCUUCAGCAUUCUUUAACACAAAUUGACUCCGUACUAACUGCACGUCUUGAUUGCGACCUCACUGCUGAUGAUUUGCCUCACGAUUACCAGAAAUUAAUGGAAGAGUUGGAACAACAACGUGCUACGCUCGAGGAAAUGGGAUCACAAAUUGAAUCGUACAAAGCUUCUGGUAAACAAGAAGCGGCACUUCGACUUCAAGAACAAAUGUCUUUGAUUGAACAGAAAUAUGCCAAAGUACAAAAAAAGUUUCAACGGUUUCGUUGUCCGACCAACAUAGAACCUAGAUUAUCGAGAGCUUUGCGAGAACUCAGGGGAAUAGAAGAAGCAACUUGUUUGCUAGAAUUAUCGUCUGAAGAUCCCGAAGUCAUUGAGGGUCAAUUAAAACAUUGUCUGCGCUUUUAUCAAACUUUAAGUGAGAUUAAAAGUGAAAUUGAAUGUAUAAUCGUAACUGGAAGGAAAUUAGUUGAAGAUAAUUCUGUUCCCGAGCCCGAUAAAUUUUCAAAACGUAUCGACAUGUUAAAGGAAUUAUAUAAUAAGCUUGGUCUUCAUAUAACGGAAUUUAAAUCCAUAUUAGAAUCGGCAUUAGAUUUGUCACGUGACAUGCAUAAAAAUAUGACGUAUAUUAAUAUGUCCGUCGAGAGCAUAAAUAAGGAACUGGAUACACAAAAAAGCAUGCCUGAUUUGCCGGUGAAUGCGAUAUAUGUACGAGAGACCUUGACUGAAGUAAUUCCGCGUCUUAAUGUUAUUAGAGACAAAUUAUUUGUAUCACAAAACCAAUUCUCAAAAUUAUGCGAUCCUUCGUAUCUUGAACAACUGAAGGAAAAAAUGUCUGACGUAACUUUAAGAUUAGCUAACACAGAAAAGAGAUUGCGACUCUGUCAAGGCUCAGAAGAUGAACCUAAUGUUGAUGAAAUAAACGCAUGGCUUUUACAAGUUGAAGAGAAGUUAAAUAAAUUGGAUGCGGUUCCAAUUGAUCAACUUACAGAACAUCACUUUGAACAAUGCAAGGCUGUGCAAAGUGAAAUGAUAGAAGCAAAACCAAAAGUCAAUCAACUUCAACGUUAUGGGUUUUAUCCCCAAGUAGCCAAAGUAUGUGAAAAAUGGGAAGACAUCUCUAACAGAAUACAAGAAUGGAUCCACAAAAUCACAGACAAUUUGUUAAUAAAAAGUAAAGCAGAAGCUUCUAAGGGGAGAGACAAUUAUGGACGCAAUAAAUUAUCUAAACAGCUGGAACAAACUUCAACACAUUCUGCCAAAAAAGAAAAAAAAUUAAUAGAUGAGAAUCAGGCGAUUUACGGCAUAGGAUAUUUCAAUCCUGCAUUUGAUGAUAAUCAGUGUGCUGUUGUUAAUACACCUGAAAGUUCGCCCACUGACGUGCCUCAUCGAAGCAGGAAGUCUUCCGCUAAGUCGGAAAAAGGGAAAACUAGAGUUGUGGAUGUUAGUAGAACUGUUAGACGAAAAUUAGACAUGAGUUCCGUGCCCGAUGUUGUUCAAACUUCUCAACCGCAAGUUAUUCAGGUUGAUGAUGACUUGUCUUCACCUUGUUCCGACACAGAUGUGCAUAUGGCUGAUGAGGAGGAAUUCUUUCUGGCUAAAAAUAGUAAAUUAUUCUCUCAGGUAUCUAGCAAUACCUUAACGGCAACAGAUACGAACACUUUUGGCGCAGCCUGUGCACAACAAAAUCCAUUUCGAAUUGUAGAAGUGAAAGAAAUGGAAAUUGUAAAAUCAAUAGCUUCUCCCGAAGAUCAUGUGAUUUUACCAAGUGCUAAUGUCAGUGUUGGAUUGAUGCCGCAAGUAGUCGAAAGGGUGGAGAUUGUUGAAGAUACCGAGACAGAAGCCGAAUCUGUUGAUACUGACACAGAAGACAAGGAAGUUAAAGGAAAAAUAUCUUCUACUAUUGGUACUGUAGAACAGGUUGUCAAGAAAAGAGAACUUGUACCAAUCUUAAAGAAGAAAGCUCCGAUUGAACCUGCACGAAAUGUUAAAAGACUCAUACUAAAGUUAGAUUUAGAUACCAAUCAGGAAAAUGUUACAGAAAACAAAAACACAACUAUUUCUAACAAUACAUUAAGAAAAGACGAGGUUGAUGCAGCGGGACUUCUACAUGCUGAAUGUAGUAAAAUAGAUCAAUUACAAGAAAGAUCAAAUAAAUCGCCUAGGAUAACAUCCUCGUGGAAAGAUACGGAAAGUGUGGCAGAGUAUCUUAUAUUAGAUGAUAACGAAGAAAUCGAAAAAUCUGAUACACAAACCAGCAAUCAAGCAGAAUAUAAUGCUGCACAAAUGUCAAUAGCGAUGCAAGAAGACAGAAAUAAUCAAAAGAAAGUGACAUCUGUAAAAAGCACUGCACAUUUUAUACGUGAAAAUAUUGCUAUUGCGGGUCGUAGCGAAGAAGAAAAUUUAUAUAAAAAGUCACCAUUGAUGAAACAUAUGAAAAGUCUGUCAAAAGAUGAAACGUUGGAAGAUUGCGAAAGCUUUUACGGUAGUGAUAAAGAAACGGAUGAUGUAUUAAUAUUUUCGGAUGAUACAGAAAUUGAUGUUGGUAGUUCCAGUUCAGAUGGAGAGGAUACUAAUUUAGGAGAGCACGUUGAGCACCUCUUGGACAAGAUGAAAGUUGAAAAAUCUCGGCCAGCCAUGCAGCACAAAGUGGAAACAAAAGCUGUCCAUGAGAAAGGAUUGUUUAAAAGUCCGACAAGUAUGUCUCGAACAGCAUUAGAGAAAAAUAUACUGGAAUUUGAACAGUUAGCACAAAUGAUGCUAUGCAGGAUGGACGUUAUGUUGAUGAGUAUCAGUGGUAUCUCUAACGAAAAAGAUCCUACUAAACGUCUCGAGAUAUUGAAAAGUGAGAUUAGUACCCUUGCUCCAGAUGCAGCAGCUUUAAUCAGUAAGGGAGACGGUUUAGUUAUGACGAUACAUAUGAACGAUCCUGCACGGGCAGAGAAAAUAAAAAAUGAACAUCAAGAUAAGCUGAGAAGUAAGUGGCAUCAAGUCAUGGCAGAAAUCGAAACACGCAGAAAACAAGCGCAAAAGGCAGAAGAAAUUCUACGACAAUACAAUAAUAUAGUAGUGGAAUUUGAAGACUGGUUUAGAGAUGUGCCGCUGAAACUCGAACAGGCUAAUAAUUAUGAAGGCCAAUUAGAAUCAUUUACUGAAGAAUUUGAUGCGAAGCAAGUACAAAUACAAAAGUUGAAUGAGCUAGCAGUAGAGUUGAAAAAAUUAAAUGUGGGCUAUUCGGAAUUAGUACGCUAUAACAUUAAUAGUAACUGGCAAAAAGUUAGUUCACAGUUCAAGAGAUUCAGUGGUAGCAAAGACAAGGACAAACAUGUAACUGACAAGAAAGUAGAACUGGACACUAUUAGUGUUAAUCCGCAAGAGUUUAUCACGCGCAUCAGUAAAUUGAGAGAAGCAAUAGCGACUGUAUCGCGAUCUUUGAAUUCUUUGCCAUUGAAUGGUAAAGACUACGAAUUAUUUACAAGUCAAGAAGAAUGCCUGAAGAAAAUUAACAACGCUUUAAGCAUUUUAAAACCCAGCAUUGAUGAAGUAAAUUACGUUUGCGAAAGUGUCAUGCGACAAGCCAAAAGAGAGCAAUUUGAUCAAAUAAAACAUUUAAGUGAGAAGUUACAAGACGAAUGGGGAAGCAUUAGUCAAAGUUAUAUGGAAAGACAUAAUCGGUGGAUUAAAUGUUAUGAAAAAUGGAAAGAACUUCAUAACACAUGUCGGACAUUUUUAGAGUGGUUAGAUAAGAUGGAAGACGCUUUAAAGAAAUGUAACGUUUUCAGCCAUUCUAAAGCAAGUAAAACGAAAACAUUCGAAUUGGAACAAGAAGUUUCUAGAAUGCAAAGAACGUUAAAUAAUAUCAAUGCAGCGAGUACAGACAUAUCUAGCCGGGCAUCUGCUGAAGAUGUAAUGGAAUUGCAGAGUAUGAUUGAAAAUAUUAAACAUCGUUGGCACAGUUUAGUAGCCGAAAUAAACGCGCGAAAAGAAAAGAAUUUUGCCAUGGAGAGAAAAGUGAAUAACGACGGCAGGAUUUUGGAAACGGCUUAUAAUAUUAUAGAACAAGUGAAUACUCUGUUAGUAUCUGCAGCAAAUCCCUCGGACGAAACCUCAUUAUCAAUUCGACUAUCAUUAAUUAAGGCGAGAGAAGAAGAACUUCUAUCCCGGAAAAGAAAUUUGCAAACUUUAGUAAGCGAACAUAACGUUUCCAGAGAAGAAGAAGAAAACAACAAACUUCUCGCGGAUAUGGAUCAGGUUAAUACAAAUCUUUCGAACCAUCGCGAUUAUGUAGAAUGCAAGCUUGCAUCGCUUAGAAAAUACAUCUUCACCCUGGAUGCCGUUAUGGCAUGGGUUAUGGAAACACGAACACGAUUGAGUAUUUCUCAAGAUCUGCCGCAGCGUGAGCGUAAUGAAGUGAUUAAAAAUAUUAUGUCUAAAGUCGAAGAUCGUGAAAUGGAAGUAAAAGAUGUGUUAGAAAACUACACUAAUCUUGAAAAAGAGUGUGAAUCAGCAAAACAACCGGUUUCUAUUGAAUUGCAGGAGAAGCUGAAAAAACUAAGAGAAGACUGGCAGUUUGUGAAGUGUUAUGGAGAAACUGAAGGGAUAACUUCUGCUGGGACUACAUUAAAAGAAGUGGAAAGGAGUGUAGGCACCGCAGCACCGGGGGCGACGGGUGCAGCUGCAGGGGGCUCUCGGGGGCUGUCACCCUCUCCCGCCCCCUCGUCACCGUCGACCCCCGUAGCGACUAGCAGCCCCUCUACCUCUGUCUCCUCGGCUUCGUCUUCACCUUCACCCUCUACUUCAGCUUCCACCCUCGUCGCGGGACUCGAUAAAUCAGUGCUUCAGAUACGUGACUGGCUUACGGUCGAAGAAGAGAUGUUACGACAACAAUCUGUAGUCGUCGGUGAUGUCGACGAAAUCAUGCAUCUUCUGGACAAACAGAAGAACGUCUUACGGGAGCUGGAGCAAAAGAAACCGCAAUUAGACGAGCUGGUUCACACGGCCGAGAACUUGCGCGCCGACACGAAUCGACAGCAGUUGCAUGGCAAAGUCACCAAGUUGCGGGAGCAUUGGGAUGAAACGAAUUCAAAAGUCAUGCAAAGGAAGACGCAGUUGGACAUGAUGCUGGGAGACAGUCAACGAUAUGAGGCGAAGAGGAACGAGGUGGAGGUCUGGCUAGCACGAAUGGAAACUAGACUUGAGAGAAUGCGAGCUGUGGGGCACACCGCCGAUGUACUUGAGGCGCAGCUCAGGGAACAAAAGUCGUUUCACGCUGAGCUGCACCAGUACAAACAUCACAUCGAACUUUUUAAUCAGCUCACUCAGAAGCUGAUAGCGGUUUAUCAGCAGGACGACACGACACGGGUGAAGAAAAUGACGGAAACGAUCAACCAGAGAUACAACAAUCUUAACACGAGCAUCAUCAAUCGGGGGAAACUACUGCACUCCGCGAUGAACUCGCUCCACAACUUCGACCGGUCGCUAGACAAGUUCUUGGCCUGGUUGAGUGAAGCGGAGUCCUCGAUGGAAGGAUUGGAAGCGGAAGCCGAUCGUCUGGGUGGACGACGAGACCAGGGCGCACUCAGACGACCGCAACAUCAGCUUAAGCAGUGUGCGAGGCCUAUUCAUCGGGCGAAGGGGUCCUUUCCUUCAUACGAUCUUCAGUCGGAAAUUGAAACGCACCGAGACGUUUAUGCAUCUUUGAACGGCACCGGACGAAAAUUAUUGAGUUCACUGGCGAGUCAAGAUGACGCUGUUAUGCUACAACGUCGAUUAGAUGAAAUGAACCAGAGAUGGCAUCACCUAAAGGCAAAGAGUAUGGCAAUCAGAAAUCGAUUGGAGAGCAACACGGAACAUUGGAACGCUUUAUUAUUAUCGUUGCGCGAGCUAAUCGAAUGGGUGAUAAGGAAAGAUACAGAGCUCACCGGUCUGGGACCCGUUUGCGGAGAUGUGGCUGCACUACAAAAACAACAGGACGACCAUCGUGGCUUCAGGAGGCAGCUGGAGGACAAACGGCCGGUCGUGGAGAACAAUUUGCUGAGCGGCCGCCAGUACAUUGCCAAUGAGCCUCCGCUGUCGGACACAUCGGACUCCGAAGCAGGCAGAGAAUUGGACGGUGAUUCCAGAGGGUACAGAAGCGCCGAGGAGCAGGCGCGCGAAUUGACGCGGAGCAUUCGCCGCGAAGUGAAUAAACUUUCCGAGCAGUGGAACGCUUUAAUCGAACGUAGCGAUGCGUGGAAGCGGAAACUCGACGACACCGCUAACAAAAUAUGUGUCUUCCAAAAGUCUCUCGAGGAUCUCUCCUCGCGGAUGGCCGCGGCCGAGGCAAUCCAGAGCGGCUGGCAAAAUCCGAACGACGCCAACGAAGCGACGGAGCUGCUCGAGCAGCUGCAGAAAUUCGGCGAACGAUUGGUACCAAUCCAAAGGAACAUCGAGGAUGCGAACGAUCAGGCGAGCGUCUUCGCGUCGAGCAGUGUCAUCGUUUCUCACGCUUUGUUGGCGAAACUCGAAGAUCUGAACACCAGGUGGAAGGUGCUGCAAGUCGCGGUUGACGAGCGUUACAAGUUGCUAAGCGGAUUCGGGAAGGAUGGCAGCACUCCGGGUAGUCAGGCUUUCCUCGCGAGCAGCGUAGAACCACCAUGGGAGAGAGCCCUCACGCCCGCCAAAGUGCCUUACUAUAUCAACCAUCAAUUGGAGACUACGCAUUGGGAUCAUCCGAAAAUGAUAGAACUGAUGUCUUCACUCGCGGACCUAAACGAAGUUCGCUUUUCCGCUUAUCGAACCGCCAUGAAACUGCGCACUGUUCAGAAGCGACUGUGCCUGGACAUGUUGAGUCUUUCCACCGCGUUGGAACAGUUCGAUUCGCACGGACUUCGGGCACAGAAUGACAAACUAAUCGACAUCCCCGAUAUGGUAACAGUACUGACAUCGCUGUACGAAGUAAUUGCAGCAGACAAUCCGACCCAGGUGUCCGUACCGCUAUGCAUCGACUUGGCCAUCAACUGGCUGCUGAAUGUAUACGAUAGGUAUUUCACUAAUCAACGAACCGGCCAAAUUCGAGUACUUUCGUUCAAAGUCGGUUUGGUUUUGUUGUGCAAGGGACACUUGGAGGAGAAGUACAGAUAUCUAUUCCGUUUGAUUGCGGAUCCUAAUAGACUGGUAGAUCAACGAAAAUUAGGACUUCUGUUGCACGAUUGCAUACAAGUACCGAGACAAUUAGGCGAAGUCGCGGCAUUCGGAGGUUCUAAUAUCGAGCCUAGUGUUCGUAGCUGCUUCGAAAAGGCGGGAAAAGAUAAAAACGAGAUAGAAGCCGUGCACUUUUUAAGCUGGCUGCAGCAGGAGCCGCAGAGUAUGGUCUGGCUGCCGGUAUUGCAUAGAUUAUCUGCAGCAGAGACCGCCAAACAUCAAGCUAAAUGCAACAUAUGCAAGGAGUAUCCUAUCAUAGGAUUCAGAUACCGUUGCUUAAAAUGUUUCAACUUCGACAUGUGUCAAAACUGUUUCUUCUCAGGACGCAAAGCGAAGAAUCACAAGCUAACGCAUCCAAUGCAAGAAUAUUGCACAGCGACAACCUCUGGUGAAGACGUGCGUGACUUCACGCGAGCGUUGCGUAACAAAUUCAAGUCCAAACGAUACUUCAAGAAACACCCCAGAGUUGGCUAUUUACCUGUGCAAACUGUCUUGGAAGGAGACGCGCUAGAAAGCCCGGCGCCAUCGCCCCAACACAGCUCGCUCAGCCAAGACAUGCAUUCCCGAUUGGAGAUGUACGCCUCUCGACUCGCCGAAGUCGAGCUGUCGCGUACAAGAAGUAAUUCCACGCCAGACAGUGAUGACGAACAUCAGCUGAUAGCACACUACUGUCAGAGUCUGAAUGGCGGCGACAAUAUUAACGUACCCAGAAGUCCGGUCCAGGUCAUGGCCGCAAUCGAUGCCGAGCAGAGAGAGGAGCUCGAAGCAAUGAUACGCGAAUUGGAAGAGGAGAACGCAACGUUGCAGGCAGAGUAUGAAAGAUUACGUUCGAAGCAAACUCCGGGUUCGACGCCAGAGGAUGGCCACGGUACUAGGCAGCCUGAUUGCGAUAUGAUCGCAGAAGCUAAGCUGCUUCGGCAGCAUAAAGGGAGAUUAGAAGCACGCAUGCAAUUACUCGAGGACCACAAUCGUCAAUUGGAGGCACAACUGCAGAGACUUAGACAACUUCUAGAUGAGCCGAACGCUUCUUCGCCAUCGAAAACCGGAACUUUACAAACUCGAAGUGUAACGGCGUCACAAUUAGCAACUGACUCUCCGGCAAAAAUGAAUGGCCAUUAUCAUGAUUCUCCAGGUGGAGGAGGCUCAGUCGAGGGCAGAGUCAGCAGUUUAGAGAGGCCACCGCCGCCGCCACAUUCUCACAGCGUUACCCACAAUGUGGGCAAUCUAUUGCACAUGGCAGGAGACUUAGGAAAAGCUGUGGGCGAAUUAGUGACAGUCAUGACGGAGGAUGCCUCGAAGACGAACGGGCAACGGGCGCCGCCGGCAUUCAAAUAACAAUUCAAAUAUCGCGGUGUUCGUCCAGAUAGAAGCUAGAAGUCGGCUAGAUCAAUGCUAGGAUCCAUUCGAUACCCACGUUGCAAACGUUUAAUCGUAAUUAUCGACCAAUAACAAGUCUGGCUCUAAACGCAUAUCAGAGACGAAUACAUGGUAUAUCUGCCACGCAAAUGCAGGGUCAGGGGACCCGCCUUUCAUGGUGGUUUUGGGUAUUUUAUAAGUUUUGAUAUACGUCGUUGUAUAGCUGAAUUAUAUCGAUAAGACGAUUAUGGUUUGGCUUUUGGCGCGGUUCCCUGAGAGUAACUUUACUACAUAUUGACACGUCAUAUCAUGAAAACUAAUCGUAAUGAGAAAUCAAUUGUUAUGCUUGCUAGCUAAACUAUACAAACGAAUAAGAGAUAUAAUGAAUAUAAAAGAUACACGGAAGGAAAUAUCAUUAACAAUGCAUGCAAAAGCAAUGUAUCAAAUCACAUAAUCUAUUAUAGAUCGUAGCUUAUAUUUACAUACCCAUUCUGUUCACUGCCACGGGCUCUUCCUCGACGUAACUUACACAAUGUACAUGUUUGCGAUUAUAUUAGACGACGACACAUGGGAAAUAGAUCAGUAUUCAUACUUGACCUUCUUGUAUUUGGGGCUCUUGAAUUUUACAUCGAUAAUCAUGAGACAGAGAGAAUCUUUUAUAUAAUAAAACAGAACAGCGCAUUACGAUUUUUCAAGUUUACUUUUUAUCCAGUUACACAUGAUUUUUUCAGAUUUUUAAAAUAAAUUUAAACGGCAAUGUCUAUUAUUUUCUAAGCGUGCCGGAUGUUAUUAUAUCUAAGAGUAUUGAUAAGUACCUAAUCGAUAAACUGUAGGCUGUAUUCUGAUAUGUAAGAAAGUUGUCUAGAAAAUACAUUCACACCGCGAUAUUAUUGAAAUGUGAGCUCACCGUGGUUCUGUUAUUUAGUGAUCCAUCUGCAAUCCGCUUCCUUCUAGGCCAAUAAUUUUUUUCUAUUUCGAAUGAAUUAAAUGCGCAGCAUAUUUGUUUCUUUAUACAUAUCACGCACGGAUGCCAUAUAUGUUAAUAAUGCUAUUGUAUCACUUCUGAUGAGGUUGCUGUUUGCAUACAUGUAAAAAAACAUAUCUACGAAAAAAGUAUCAUAUUUUACCAAUUCGAUAAACAUUGCGAAUGAACGUAAUGAAUUGUUAUUCACCGUUGCGUCGUUAGGUCACAAGAAGAUUGAUUUGACAGAGUGUAAGACGAUCAAAUAUGUUUUCAAGCUCCGUCUGUAGUUUAUUGAAAGAUUGUUGGUUUUGCGAUUUCAUACAUUAAAAUAUAACGCAUUAAAAUUUAGAGGAUUAGACAUAUAAAAAUAAAGUUAUAUACUGCGUACAACAUCAAACAGGUGACUAUACGUUACUUGUAAUAUAUUGUAAUAUGACUGAAAUGAUAUGGGACAAAAUGCUUAAAUAAAAAUAAUAUGAAUAUAA